ACAUGUGAUACAAGAAUCAUACAUCAAAAAGACAAGUAUUUGAACAUAAACUCAGAGAAAACAAGUUUUUAGAAGAUGGGUGCUUAGGUUAUACAACAAAAAAUUCUCAGUAAAGAUUAAAAAGUGGAUGCAUCUCCAAUGGAGACGGACUUAAAUAGGCUAAAGAGAUUGUUAAGUAUUUAUCUAAAUGUACGUGUAGUCUGCACACAUUAAGUCUCAAAUGUUUCAUAAAUAUAUUUAAGCAAUUUAUUUAAGUAAUUAUUCAUAAAAAAUGAAGAUGGAUAGCAACAGUGAGGCAGACGACAUAGAGAUGCGACAAAAACUGUUCAGCACUGUUGUUGUAUCACACUUCUUGGAGAAAAUCUCCAAGUACAAGAACACUUUGAGGAAAAUGGGUGUACAUGUUGGUGACCUUGAGAAUAGACUGAGUGCCAAUGUUCCCACCAGUCAGUCCUUUGAUGAAAACAUGGAGAUGGUACUCAAUGUGUAUUCUGCAUCACCCAGCAAGUAUAAUGCCUUCUGGCGGGUGGGAAAUACACUCAGCUCUGCACACCUGUUCCACUGGAUCUACAGGCUGGUUCAGAAGACCAAAGCUACUAGAAUCCUCCACCACCUGGACGGAGUCUCACAUGAGAGCAUCCAGGAAGUGCUCCAAGAGGUUUGCAAGGAGAUAGUGACAGCCUAUGAAUAUCAGCUAUUCAUGCUGGCAGGCCAGGGAGAGAUAAUCCUGCUGGCCCAGCAUGUGGUUUUGUGCAUGCUAACCCACCUCAACUCACAGGACGCACACUUCAGCCCUGGAGAUCUCAUACAGGCCCUCCUAGAGGCAUGUCUUAGAAUUGUCAAGCCUCAAAACAGAAGGAGAAAUAAGACCCUUCUUCAUACACGACCUUCAGUGUGGGCUGGGAAGCAGGUCUGUCUGCGAUGGCACCUUUCGCAAGUUCUGAAACAGCCUGGGUUACGAAUUCCUACAUCAGACACUGGAAGUAUGACACGAGGUGAUGUUGAUCAGAAAUGUUUAAAUAUUGAACAGAGAUCAAGGGUGAUGGAUAGGAUAUCUGGGGACAUGGAACAGAAAAGUGGGGACAUGGAACAGAAAUAUGGGAAUAAUGAACAGGCCUCUGGGAAUAUGAGGCAGAAAUCUAGGGAUAUGGAGCAGAUAUAUAGGGAUUUGGAACAGAAAAGUGGGGACAUGGAACAGAAAUAUGGGAAUAUUGAACAGGCCUCUGGGAAUAUGAGGCAGAAAUCUAAGGAUAUGGAGCAGAUAUAUAGGGAUUUGGAACAGAAAAGUGGGGAUAUGGAGCAGAAAUCUAGGGAUAUGGAACAGAUACUUGGGGAUAUGAAACAGGCAUCUGACGAUGUUGAAGAAAUAAGUAGUGGUGCCGAACAGGUUCCUAUGGUACAGGAGAAAAAAUCUGGGGAUAUGGAGCAGAUGUCUGGGGGUGUAGAGCAGUUGUCUUGGCAUAUAAAGCAGAUAUCUGGGAAUAUAGAACAGAUGGAGCAUAAAUCUGAGCACAUUGGACAAGUAACAACGAGAAAUGCAGAAGGCACAAAAUCACAUGUGAAGGCCAAGGCUGAAGCACAAAAUGAUGACCACAAGGAUCAUGUAAAUAGUGAUUGUGACGAAAGUAGAAAUUACCAUUCACACUCUCAUAAUGUUUCAAAUGGUCUCAUUGGAAAUUCGAGACAUGACGUUUCCAGAAAUACUGUACAAAACACAUUUUUUCCACAACAGGAUGAAGUUGACUCAGAAAAUAAAAUAAUCGGAAACAAUCAAGGCUUAGUCAUCAAUGAGAUACAAGAAAUUGACAAGAUAAUAUCAAGAACUUUGAGCAUUAUUGACAUGGACUUUAAAAAGAGGGUGAUGAAAAUAACAAGUAUUAAUGUGCCGAGAAGUGAAAUAAGCCCAACAGAUAACUCUGUAGCAACUGAAGUAACUGUAUCACAAGCCAUUGCAUUUGGAAGUAAUCUGGUGGAAGAAACAACCCAAUCAAGCGGUAUAUCUCAAAGUGAUGAUCUUGUUGCAAGAUGUUCAACUAAACAUGAACAUGAAUCUGUUACAUGUUUUAACAAAUGGACUGAAAACCGUACUUGUAAUUCAAAUAAUACAGGCAAAUACAAUGGAAGUACGUUACAUGUUACAAAACAAAGAAACUCUGCAUUCAUGUUUUAUGGGUGUUUCACACAAUAUGGUGCUAAAUGCAGGCCAAAUGUGUAUGGUUAUAGAGGUCCUCUGCACAUCUGGAUGGAGGACACAAGAAAUUACUCUCUGAUUCACAAUGAUUUUGUAACUCUAGCCAAGCAGGAUCAGCAACAAAUUCCCUUCCAAGAGAAUAAUUUUCACCAGCAAUAUGUGCCCAAAACAGCCUGCCAACACAACUCCAGCUCAUGAUAAUGAAGAGAGAAAACUGUAACACCAACAAGAUUGUGUGGAAGCAAAAAUUAUCUAAAAAUAAAUAAGAACAACAUGCCUAUGAGUAAAACAAUCAUGUACAUGUAUUCUGAAAUUAUGACAGUCAUAUGUAAGAUUUAUGAACAUGGAUCAGAAUGUCAUUUUUAUUUGUAUAGCUAUAUUUUUUUUAUAUUGGCAUCGUUCUUAACUUCUGUGUUAUUUUUACAUAUUGCUCACAUUAAAAAUAAGUAAACACCAUGUAUGAGAACGUUAAAACUUUCAUUACAGAUUGAUUGGUUUGUAAUUGUUACUUAGUAAUAUUUUGCAACAUUUUUGUUAAGAAACAUAGCAUAUUCACAUCUGCACUUACACUUGUAUUUAGCAAAACAAAAAGUGUUGGCACAAGAUGUUUGAACAAUUGCUAAUUAUUAUUAUUUGAAUAUUCACAUCUUUUCAGUCACGUUCUUGUUGUCAUGGGACCAUUAUUGUAGUUAGCAGGAUUGCGUUUUCUGCAGAAUAAUUAUUCUUGUCUUUGUAUGAAGGCAUAAUUCUGAUGCUGCUUUAAUUCUUCGUUUAUUCUUUUUCUAUCAUUCCAAGUUUUAUAAUCACAUUUACCAAAAUUCAAUAACCCAUUUAUUGAGUUCUUGCUCCAAAGAUGACCAUAUCUGAUGUAUAGUUUUUAGUAUUGAUACUAUAUAAACGUAUGAUUACAAGAUUUUGAGAAUGAUAGCCUUAAUGAUAAUCUGUUGAAUAAACAUAGUCAUUGAUGUAUCUUUUAUUGAUUGAUUUUAAAUUAAUGUUUAUUUGAACUGAAUAAAACUUAUGCCAGUUCAAUAACUCCCUGUGUAUGAUCAAAAUCAGAAAAGCCAUGGAAACUAUACACAGCUGCAUAUCAAGUUUGUAUCUACAUAUCUUACUAAAUGUCAAAAGAAGUUAUUAUUAAAUAAUAGAACUUUUGACAAACGCGUAAGUUUUGUUUCUACAUUUUAUUAUGCAUACUCAAUAUCAGUUUAUCUUGGUCAAUAACACAAUACUCAGAUCCAUUAUUGUAUUGGCAGGGAAAAAGCUACACAAUUUAAAAUUAAAACAAAACACAACAGUUAUUUAUCUCAACUAAAAAUAAAUACUAGUAGUGCUGCCAUACAAAUAAGAGAACGAUAAAAAAAGCCAGAAGCUCAUAAGAAGAAAUAGAGAAUAUUCAUACAGCAAAACUAGAGAUUGUCACAAUGUAGAAUAAACGCCCCCACUGCAACUGCCUUUCUUUCUAAGUAGCAAAUUGACACAAAAAGUUACCUUGGUGUGGCCAUUUUUGACGACAUUGGAAAAGUUUACUAUAUUUGUGAGUGGAAGACAAUUUAACCAUACAUUGUUAUCUUAUUACCAAAUAAAGCAGUGUUGUUCAAGAGAAAAGUGUUGUGAGUUAUUUUGAUAUUUAAGUCUUUAAAAAUCAUAUUACCCCUUUGUGUAGUAGCCAGUUUUGACCAUAGGGGCAUGUUAUUAACAAAUUGUGUUUAAAAA